AUGGCGGCUUUUCAAACAAUGACUUACAGAUUAUUCAACACACCAUUGACUGAUGAAAGAUUUAAGAAAGAAGAAAAGUUUAUUGUGGAAACAGCAAUCAUUAAUGGAUACGAUGAAGAAAUGAUUCAAGGAUUGUUCAAAAAACAUAGAUGGAAGAGGAAAAUUGAAGAAACAACAACACUUCAACCUCAGAAAAAAGAAAAGAAGACAAUUACGAUGAAGAAUGGGAAAAAACGAAAUAUAUUUGUUGAGCUCCCUUUUUAUAAUCCUUUAUCAUACAAAAUUGAUAAAGUUUUAAAGAAACACAACAUAAAUUGUUAUUAUACGAGUCGAGGAAAUUUAAAGGACUUAUUAGGAAGCUCGAAAGAUAAAAUUCCAAUGGAAGAAAAAUCAGGAAUUUAUGAACUGCUUUGUAAGAACUGCCCAAAAAAAUAUAUCGGUCAAACAAGUAGAAGGUUUGAUGAAAGAUAUAAAGAACAUAGAAGGGCUUUUAGAUAUCAAGAUGAAAAAAGUUCAGCAAUGGCAGCACAUUGCAUCGACGAGGAACAUUAUAUGGGAGAAGGAAGGAUAAUCGAGGAGGUGAGAGACAACAAUAAACUUGACGCUUGGGAAAGUCUCUAUAUGGACAACGACAAGAACCUUGUCAACAUUAACGAACAAAUCAUCUCUUCGAAUCUUUUCAAAUUUGCAUCUCUCGAUUGA